AUGAACUCCUUCAUCUUGAAUCUGAGCGACCUGAACCGCAAGGCCCCAAAGACCUCCAACAUCCAUCGCUUCCCACUUCGCAGAGAAUCCUCCACUCAGAGCGACCACUCUCACACUCCACGCUCCGCGCAGGAGAGCUGCGAGGCGCUCCGUGCUUCGCGCUUGAUGCGCGGCCGGGCGCCGCCGGCGGGCACAGGUGCAGUAUGCGAGCGCCUGGGCCCUGGCACCUACAGCGCCUCCAGCGCUCCGCUGCUGCGGCCAGACCUGGUCCAGCUGUGGCGGCCGCUGCGGACUGGACUUCCAGAGCAUCUGCACGGCCUGUUCCGGCUGCGGUCCGACUCCCGGGCCCUGCUGGACACCGAGGCACCGGGAAGCGUUGAGGGUCUUCUGCCGUCCAUCCCCAAAAAGGUGCAAAUCAUUCCUAGGGUUGAUGGAGGCAUCCAGUGCAAACUGGUGAUUCUCGAGCUGUCACAGAAGGCUUACUACCUUUGGAUCAUUCUUCCGCUGCCCAAAGCCCGGCUUCGGCGGAGCUGGUCUGCAGAAGACAUCUGGCGCUUCUACCUGCCAGAACUGGACUCGCCGCUGGGGCUUGCAAACUUUGCGCGGAACCUGGACUUUGAAGACUGGCAGGCAUCUGCCGCACCUGCACCGACUCUGGGGUUCGACCGUCUUUGGGCCUUGCAAAAUCGUGGAGCAUGCCCGUCAAAGGCAGCUGUUGGAAGAGCGGCACGCGCGGCACAUGUGGCCAAGCUUGCGCUUCUUGGAAUCGGACUGUCCUACUCCCUCCCAGACCUGCACAUCACCCACGAGCGGGCGCCCGAAGCAGAUUUCGGAGACUCUGGCAGAAUGAAUGAAGAUGAGGAGGUGGAGGGCGAUGUGCCUCAGAUGGUGCUGCUGCUGUCGCUGGAGGCUGAACGCGAGCUGUUGCAUCCCAGGGCCCCCAGCCUGGUGGAUAUGGGUCGACAGAUCGGCAGGAGCGAUGGCACAGUGGAAGAUGUGGACGACUUCGAAGAGCUGAUAUUGUCACCGAAGCGCCCAGCCAAGCGCGUCACAUGCUUGGUGGACAUGGCAAGAGACCCUGGCCGUCCUCCAGAUCCUGAGAUGGAUGCGCAUGUCUGGGCCGAGGAUCAUCACGACAGGGUCUUUUGCUACAAGCCACUGGGUGGCUUAGCAGAUGACGAGGAGGAGCUAGACUUGCUUCUGAAGCCCACGCCGCAGGCGCCCAGCACCGACUUCGGCCGGCCAGUAGGACGUCCUGGUCUGGACCCCCGGGCCCGCGAAGAACCCCGGCAAGAGGAUGAGGAAGAAGACUUGCUGCUGCUGCAAUGGUCGCCUCCCUUCAUCCCAGCUCGGCUACCGGUCCCGCCGCCGUCCCCGCCACCCCACCAGGAUGCUGCAGGCCUCGAGAUUCCCGAGCACUAG